GGCCCCGCCUUUUCCCCCGCCCGUCCCCUCCUGGGCCCGCAUGGCGGCUGCCGGAUCGGGGUGGCGAGGAGCCAUGGCGCAAUGGAGGAAGAAGAAGGGGCCCCGCGGACGGCGGGGCGCGGCCCCCCAGCUCCCUAGCAGUGACUCGGAGGACGGCGAGUUCGAGGUUCAGGCGGAGGAUGACGCCCGGGCACACAAGCUGGGCCCUGGCCGGCCGCUGCCCACCUUCCCCUCAGCGGAAUGCACCUCAGACGUGGAGCCAGACACGCGGGAGCUGGUGCGAGCCCAAAACAAGAAGAAAAAGAAAUCAGGGGGCUUCCAGUCCAUGGGCUUGAGCUACCCUGUGUUCAAGGGCAUCAUGAAGAAGGGCUACAAGGUACCCACGCCCAUCCAGAGGAAGACCAUCCCGCUGAUCCUGGACGGCAAAGACGUGGUGGCCAUGGCUCGAACCGGCAGCGGCAAGACGGCCUGCUUCCUCAUCCCCAUGUUCGAGCGGCUCAAGGCCCGCAGUGCCCAGACGGGCGCCCGUGCCCUCGUGCUGUCCCCCACCCGGGAGCUGGCACUGCAGACCAUGAAGUUCACCAAGGAGCUGGGCAAGUUCACUGGCCUCAAGACUGCUCUCAUCCUGGGCGGGGAUAAAAUGGAAGAUCAGUUUGCAGCCCUGCAUGAAAAUCCUGACAUAAUCAUUGCCACCCCCGGGCGCUUGGUGCACGUGGCUGUGGAGAUGAACCUGAAGCUGCAGAGUGUGGAGUAUGUGGUGUUUGACGAGGCCGACAGGCUCUUUGAAAUGGGGUUCGCAGAGCAGCUGCAGGAGAUCAUUGGCCGCCUCCCUGGGGGCCACCAGACAGUCCUGUUCUCUGCCACGCUGCCCAAACUGCUGGUGGAGUUUGCCCGUGCAGGCCUUACGGAGCCUGUGCUCAUCCGGCUGGAUGUAGACGCCAAACUCAACGAGCAGCUGAAGACUGCCUUCUUCCUGGUGCGUGAGGACAGCAAGGCCGCAGUGCUGCUCCAUCUGCUACGCAACGUUGUGCGGCCGCAGGACCAGACGGUGGUGUUUGUGGCCACCAAGCACCACGCAGAGUACCUCAGUGAGCUGCUGACGGUGCGAGGACUGAGCUGCGCACACAUCUACAGCGCCCUAGACCAGACAGCCCGCAAGAUCAACCUGGCCCGCUUCACGCACAGGAAGUGCUCCACCCUCAUUGUCACGGACCUGGCGGCCCGUGGCCUGGACAUCCCGCUGCUGGACACAGUCAUCAACUACAGCUUCCCCGCCAAGGGCAAGCUCUUCCUGCACCGUGUGGGCCGUGUGGCCCGAGCUGGCCGCAGUGGCACCGCCUACUCCCUGGUGGCACCCGAUGAGAUCCCCUACCUGCUGGACCUGCACCUGUUCCUGGGCCGUGGCCUCAGCCUUGCACGGCCCCUUGAGGAGCCCGCAGGUGAGGCGGAUGCCGACGGUGUGUUGGGCCGGGUGCCGCAGGCCGUGGUGGACGACGAGGACGGGGGCCUGCGCUGCAGCCUGGAGGCAUCUCUGGAGCUGAGGGCCCUGGGCCGCGUGGCCGACAACGCGCAGCAGCAGUACCUGCGCUCCCGGCCUGCACCCUCGCCCGAGUCCGUCAAGCGGGCCAAGGAACUGGAGCCCACCAGGCUGGGCCUGCACCCCCUCUUCAGCUCACGCUUCGAGGAGCCAGAGCUGCAGCGGCUGAAGCUGGUGGACAGCAUCAAGAACUACCGCUCCCGGGCGACCAUCUUCGAGGUCAACGCCUCCAGCCGGGAUCCAAGCAGCCUGAUGAUGCGUGCCAAGCGGCAGAGGGACCGCAAGGCCAUCACCAGCUUCCAGCAGCGGCGGGAAAGGCGACUGGAGGACCCCAGAACCCCAGGCCAGAGCCAUCCAGCACCCCAGGAGGAACAGCCAGAAGAUGACAAGGAGGAUGAGGAGGCUGUGGUGGAGGAAAAUGUGGAGGAUGUCUUCACGGAGCUUGUGGGACGCAGGCAGCCUCAGCCCGGACCCACCCGGAGCACCAAGCGGCGGCGGAAGGAGGCCGGGCAGCAGGAUCCCGAAUUCUAUGUCCCGUACCGGCCCAAAGACUUCGACAGCGAGCGGGGGCUGAGCGUGGGCGGGGACGCGGGUGCCUUCGAGCAGCAGGCUGCGGGCGCGGUGCUGGACCUGAUGGGUGACGAGGCGCAGAGCUUGACCCGCGGGCAGCGACAGCUCAAGUGGGACCGGAAGAAGAAGCGCUUCGUGGGCCAGUCGGGGCAGGAGGACAAGAAGAUCAAGACCGAGAGCGGCCACUUCGUCAGCAGCUCCUACAAGCGUGACCUCUACCAGAAGUGGAAGAAGAAGCAGAAGAUGGACGAGCAUGACUCGGAGGAGGAAGGCAUGGCUGAACGGCGAGGGCCCCAGCCCGGAGGGGGCAGGCGCGGCCCGGGGCACGGUGGGUCCCAGACCCGAGCUCCCGGAACCCCUGCUGGCCGCCUGCGCCCCGAGCUGAAGACCAAACAGCAGAUCCUGAAACAGCGGCGCCGCACCCAGAAGAUGCGCUUUCUGCAGCGCGGGGGCCUGAAGCAGCUGUCCACCCGCAACCGCCGCCACGCCAGGGAGCUGCAGAGGGGCGCCUUUGGCCGGGGCGCCCAUGCCAAAAAGGGCAAGAUGAGGAAGAGGAUGUAGGCUUGGGUAUGAGGCUCCCCAUGGGAGCCUGCCUUCCUGAGAAGGAGGGACUCACGGCCACAGCAGGGCUGCCACUGCCCCUGCCUCAGCAGCAGACAUCUGACCAAGGCUUUGAAGUGUGUAUAGGAGUAGGUCUGCAAGACCAGAUAGGCCAGAGCCGACAGUUCUGCGCCUGUAUCCUGGUCCUGGGCUCAGAGGCCAAGGGCACAUGGGUUUUAGCUGUGAGAACCAUAGGUCCCGGGAUGUAUUUUUGAUGUAAUAAACUUUAUUGAGCACA